UAACGUGACCCUUUUUUCCAACAAACUUUAUUGCUGCAGCUUAGGUUACAGUGAUAUGGUGUUCUUCUACACGCUCUUUCGGAUAUUGAAGGACACAAAUAGAUUUUGAGCAGAAAUAAAUGGAUCCUUUAAAAGCCCAGCAGUUGGCUGCAGAACUUGAGGUUGAAAUGAUGGCAGAUAUGUACAACAGGAUGACAAAUGCCUGCCAUAGAAAAUGUGUGCCACCACACUACAAGGAGGCAGAACUUUCUAAAGGUGAAUCAGUAUGCCUGGACCGCUGUGUGGCUAAAUACCUAGAUAUCCACGAGAGGAUGGGGAAAAAGCUGACUGAACUUUCAGUGCAAGAUGAGGAGUUGAUGAAAAAGAUGCAGCAGGGGGUUGGUGACAGUGGGCUGCAACCGCAACGUUGAGGUUAGGAAGAAAUUGCUUUCAAGUAUAAUGGAGGACUGACAGAACUGGUUGCACAUAACAUCCUUGGGAGCAAGACAGUGCAGUGCCACCUGCUCCAUUGCAGACUUCAUGUUUUAUACUGUGACAGACUCGGUCAUGUGCUUCCAUCAUUAACAUAGUAUGCUGGUGCAUGGGCUUCUGGACAUGUGAAGUCAAAACUGCAAGACGUUUGAGAUUAAGUGGCUCACUGUGAAAGAUCUGGGGACUUUGUUUUUGAAAACUAAUGAAAAUUUUGUGGAAAAUGUAAAGUAUCAGUUGUCUGUGCCAGCAAAGCUUAAACUAGCAGCAGAGUUUCAAAAUAUAAAACCCUGUUCUACAUUGUGAUGUUAGUUUAGUUUUGUAACUUAAUGGAGAUGGUAAGUAGCAUUUUCCCCACUGUCUGCUUUCAUUGGUCCUUUAUUACCAUAUUUUGUGGAAGGAUUUUUGUCAUCCUUUAGCCGCACCUGAAAAUCUGGAAUAUUUGGGCACGUGCCAUUUUAUUUGUUGCCAGUCAUAUGAGUGAAGUAUGGAGGUUCGUUUUUGAUGGGGGGAAUUGGAGGUGUAUUUUUUGUUAACUUUUUACUGACAAGUUUAAUAUUUAUGCUACAGUAAAGUACCAAGAAAAUGUUUCUUAAGUCUUAUGUCAACUGUCACCUGAGCAGCUCGUGACUACACAAGAGGGGCUUGUCAUUCACACAUUGUUGAACAAAUAUGUAGGUCUGGAAUGACUUUGAAAACCCUUUACUUAAGCUGCAUUUAGUGCUGUGGUUGACAAUUGGUUUCUUUUAAGGCUCUGCUUCAAGGAUUUCAUAUUUCCUUAUGUAAAUUACUUCCAUUACAUAUCUGAAGUUUCCUUUUUGAACCAUAGUCCAGAUUUUCAAGUUAAAACAGUAAAUUAUUUGGAAGACCACAUUUUUGUUGAUA